AUGCAUGAAAAUGUGUAUGAGACAAGUAUUCCGACAGAAAAUAUUUUACACCGUUUGAAUCCGCCGUUAAAUAAAGAUAUUAUUCUUAAAGCACUCAAAAGGGAUCAAGAUAAAGUGCUAAAUCCAAGAAUAGAACCAUUCACAAGUAUCACAAGUGCUUAUGACUCACUCAUUCCCUACCAUAUAUUUCUAUCCCAAACAUACGAUGACUUAAUAUAUAGUAGUGUAAAUAGAGUAUCUGAUCUACAGGAUAUGACAGAGACAUUAAGUACCCUAGCAAAUAUUCUUUGCUCAGAAGAAGAUUCUUUCAAUGAGCUAAUUGUAAUGGAAGAAAGACUAAAAGUAGAAGAAGAAAGGUACUACCUCAAUAAAACCAUCGAUUACAAAGACACAAAGAUAAAGGAGAUUAAGCAAAGAUUCAUUCGAUAA